GAAAAAUACUAUAAUUGCUGUAUUCUGUGCUUGAACUUUUAGAUCAAGUUCACUGGCUAACAAUGUUAACUCGCUUUUUUUCUUGAAUUCACUGACAUAUUGCAUUACAAGAAACUAGUAUUUAACAUUACAAAUCACAAAUUGUCUGCUUAUAUAAAUUGCAUUGUGUUGCUGUUAAUAAAUCAAUGCUACUUGAUCCAAGAGUCCAACUGCAGUUUUCCAGACUAUGGAAUACCAUAUUUGCAAGAAAAUAGCAAAAGUGGUCAUUGAAAGACUCAAAGAUGGAUCACCAACAUCAAGUCAAGAAAACAGAUUUCAGGUCAAAAUUGAGAAAGAGGAAUGUGAAACUAAUCACAUAGAAGAAGAGCCACAACCAACCUCCAAUCAGGUAAAGAUUGAGAGAGGAAUAUGUGAAACCAAUCACAUCAAAGAAGAGCCACAGCCAAACUCCAAUCAGAUGGAAUCAGUUUCUGUUAAAAUGGAGGAGGAGGAGGAUGAUAGCAGCCAGCAACCAGCUGCAUGGUCUCCAGUGGAAGAUAAUUCCGACCAGCAACAUCUAAUCCCCGGCUACAAUUUAAUCUUCAUAAAAGAGGAGUCAUAUGAUGAGCAGGAUGCUGAAGAUAAUUCAGUGAAGAGCGAACCAGAGAUGUGGCCUACAAACUGCAGCACAUCUGGCCGAGACUAUGCAACAGAAGUGGGUGGACUGAAUAAGCAUUCAAUCUCUCCAGUGGAAAAGAGCACUGAGUCAUCUGUGGCUGGCAAAAAGACCAAGCUCUACAGCUGUGCUCACUGUAACUAUAAAACAUCAAGGUUUGGUGAUUUGAAGAAACACAUUCGGAAACACACUGAAGAAAAACCUUUCAGCUGCGAAUUUUGUGAUUUCAAAACAGCUCAUUCAAAUAAUUUGAAAGUACAUAUCAGAACACAUACAGGAGAAACUCCCUUCAGCUGCAAAUUUUGUGAAUAUAAAUGCGCCCAGUCAGGUACUUUGAAAGCACAUAUCAGAACACAUACAGGAGAAAGACCUUACAGCUGCGAAUUUUGUGAUUUCAAAACUGCUCAUUCAAGUACUUUGAAAAAACAUAUCAGAACACAUACAGGAGAAACUCCCUUCAGCUGCAAAUUUUGUGAAUAUAAAUGCGCCCAGUUAGGUGCUUUGAAAGCACAUAUCAGAACACAUACAGGAGAAAGACCUUUCAGCUGCGAAUUUUGUGAUUUCAAAACUGCUCAUUUAAGUACUUUGAAAACUCAUAUCAGAACACAUACAGGAGAAACUCCCUUCAGCUGCAAAUUUUGUGAAUAUAAAUGCGCCCAGUUAGGUGCUUUGAAAGCACAUAUCAGAACACAUACAGGAGAAAAACCUUUCAGCUGCGAAUAUUGUGAUUUUAAAACUGCUCGUUCAAGUACUUUGAAAACUCAUAUCAGAACACAUACAGGAGAAACUCCCUUUAACUGCAAAUUUUGUGAAUAUAAAUGUGCCCGGUUAGGUCUUUUGAAAGAACAUAUCAGAACACAUACCGGAGAAACACCUUUCAGCUGCAAAUUUUGUGAUUUCAAAACAGCUCAUUCAAAUAAUUUGAAAGUACAUAUCAGAACACAUACAGGAGAAACUCCCUUCAGCUGCAAAUUUUGUGAAUAUAAAUGCGCCCAGUCAAAUACUUUGAAAGCACAUAUCAGAAUACAUACAGGAGAAAAACCUUUCAGCUGCGAAAUUUGUGAUUUCAAAACUGCACGUUCAAGUACUUUGAAAACUCAUAUCAGAACACAUACAGGAGAAACUCCUUCAACUGCAAAUUUUGAGACUAUAAAUGUGCCCAGUUAGUUAAUUUGAAAAAACAUA